AUGGAAAAGAGGAACAACGUCACAGAAUUUGUUCUCUUAGGACUGUCCAGUGACCGAAAUUUGCAGAUAUUCUGCUUUGGGCUGUUCCUCUCCUGUUACAUUACAAUCCUUUUAGGGAAUUUCCUCAUCCUCAUCACUGUCAGAUGCAGUUCCCUCAUCAAGGAGCCCAUGUACUUCUUCCUCUGCCACUUGUCUCUAAUGGACCUCUGCUACACUUCCACGGUGACUCCCAAACUGGUCAGAGAUUUGCUGUCUGAGACGAAAACCAUUUCCUUCUGUGACUGCAUGAUUCAACUCUUUACCAUGCACUUAUUUGGUGGGGUUGAGAUUUUCAUCCUUGUGGGGAUGGCCUACGAUUGCUAUGUUGCCAUCUACAAACCCUUGCACUAUGUGGUUAUCAUGAACAUGCAGCGCUGUGCCACAGGGAUUGCAGUGUGUUGGGGAGGAGGAUUUCUCCAUUCCAUCGUCCAGUGGCUUCUUGUAAUUUUUUUGCCCUUCUGUGGCCCUUAUGAGAUCGAUCACUAUUUCUGUGAUAUUUACCCUCUAAUGGAACUGGCUUGCUCAGAUACUGAUGUGACUGGAUUUUUAGUCCUCGGCAAUACAGGGACAGUUGCGGUGGUUACUUUUACAUUCUUAAUCUCUUCUUACAUCACCAUUUUAGCCAGUCUGAGGACCCCCUCUUUGGAAGGAUGUCGCAAAGCCCUCUCCACCUAUGCUUCCCACAUCACUGUGGUGGCAUUGUCUUUCUUGCCUUCCUUCUUCAUUUACCUCCGGCCAGCCCAGACCUUCUCCGAGGCUAAGGUGUUUGCUCUGUUUUACACCAUUAUUGCCCCCAUGUUCAACCCCCUCAUCUAUACUCUGAGGAACAGAGAGAUGAAAACGGCCAUGAUAAAGACCUAA